CACACUGUGCACUCCUCACACUUCCACAUACUCUCAAUGGCUUAGUCACGCCUGCAUUUCGCCUCUGGGGAUUCAAGCAUAGCGCCCAUGACAGACUCCGCGGUCCCGUGGAGAAACUUUUAAAGCAUUGUUCCUCUGGAAGAAGCCGCGUUCCCCAACCUUGCUCCUCACCUGAGAUUCCUAUCUGCUGAUCCAUCUCCCAUCGCGACCCACGUGCCAUUGAGGAUGGGACAGGGGAGUGACCUGCUCCACAGAUUCCAUUUGGGGCUGAAGUGGUUUCUGAAUUCCAGUUAGGAAACGUGGAUUCUGACUGGUCGCUUGGGGUGCCUAACAUGGCCAGUCACGGUGUCGGUAACAGAGGCUGGUGGGUCCACUUUAGAACUGAAGCAGAACUCUAGAUUGUAAGAUGGACACCGGAGUCAUAGCUACACUGGAGGGGCCGCAGUCAUUGUCAAUAGCAGUGCUGCCUAUGGUCACAUAUUCAGUGCUGGAUUCCUCAGCCGGAAGCGGCAUGGGCGGUACCUCCAUCCAUAGCAUGAGUCUGUCAGAGAACAGAAGUGUUGUCUUUGGUUUGGAAUCCCCAAGUCGGGCUCUUCUGGAGCCGACCAAGGGAUGGGUUAAGAAGGACCGGGAAUGCCUGAAGAAAUGCGUGAAAGCCUCAGCACCAGGCCCAGCAGAGGAUGUAGGUCACCUUGCUGAUCCGCUGCCAGACCCAAAAGACCCUUCCUCAGCACUGGGCUACACUGAGGAGCAAGAGCACGCUUCUGUCUGUUCUUGCUCCUUACAUGAGUUUGACUGCAGUCCCACUGCAUCGUAUUCCGCGGAAAUAAUGAGUCAUUACCCACCUGGAUCUGCCACCGUCAGCUGCAUGGAGCUGCCAGUAUCUCUUCCACAAAAGGGUCUGCUGGACAGGAAAAGUCCUGCUCUGCACCAGGAAGAGCUGGGUGAUUUUCACAAGCUUUGUUCCCGUCCUAAGGAGAGCGGUCACACUGUUGUCCCAGUGGAGAGCACAGACGGAGUGUCCACCGUCCCUGCACCGGGGGUGACGCUCGGGUCACUCAGACUUUCGUCUCCCUCGGAGACCGGCCCCAAAGUUCCUCAGCAGACCUUUGACCGUCAGGGGCUUGACACUGUUGUAAAUAUCAAGGCCAGCUGCAUCGCUUUCUCGGACUAUAACCGCGGGUCUGUAAGCCGCCCGUCUGGGUACAACCGGACCCUUUUCAUCACCGAGAGCUUGGACUGCAGCAGCGGCUCUUCAGGCAAUGAUGACAGUGAAGCCACCAUUGCUGGUGGAUGGUGGAGCGAAGCCAGGGGUGAACUGGGAGGUGAUGGGCUGUAUGGAGGGCAGGGCGGCCGCCAGCUAGACAGGCUGCUCAGCUCGAACUCCACCAGCGAGAGCAGCUGCGAGGCAGAAGAAGAUACCGUGACCCAGCUGUUAAGGAAACUCGAGCAGCUCCACCUGGACAUCGAGGAGGCCCUCAGUGUCGUCUCGUCACCCGGCGACACCCCCUGCGUGUCUGGGGUGGGGGAGCAGCUCUCACUAGGCAAGGACCCUUUGCCCGCCACCUUCUGGGGGACCUCAGCAAGGCAAGCUUUGGGUGACCACAGCAGGACAGAAUGCAGAAGUCCGGAUAGCCUCCCCCCAUUGCAUCCCAGACUGCCCCCCACGGGGACGGCACCGGAGGUUGCUGUGAAGAUGAACCAUGAAGGAGCAGAGAUCGAGGCGAAGGAGGCGUGUGAUUGGCUGCGGGCGGCAGGAUUCCCUCAGUACGCUCAGCUCUACGAAGACUCUCAGUUUCCGAUUGACAUUUCGGCUGUGAAGAAGGACCAUGACUUUCUGGAGAAGGACCUCGUGGAGCCUCUCUGCCGGAGACUCAACACCUUGAACAAGUGUGCCUCUAUGAAACUUGAUGUCAACCAUCCCAAAAAGAAAAGUGAAGACUCAGAUGAGGACGACCUGCUUGCGAUCAGCGACCGAUGGACCUUCGAGCAGAGCAGCCGGCGAUGGUCCAGGCUGCAGGACUUUGACUGUCUCCUGGGCGGCGUCGGGGGGUCGAGCCCGGCCGGCCUGGCCCUGAGGAACACCACCAGCAGCGAGAGUGUGCUGACGGACUUGAGCGAGCCCGAGGACUCAUCCCUGCACAGCGAGGGCAGUGGGGGCAGCGGCCCAUCUGAGGCGUCCCGCCGCACCUGCUCCGACUCGGCCGCCAUGCCGGACUACACGUCCCUCAGCCUGCCCCCUCCGGCACCCCCACACCGAGAUGUCCCACUGUAUGGUUCACUGCCGACAAAGGGCGGGAGGCAUGGGCGAGUGCGAGCGAAGGACUUCCUACGGCGCAUGGAACUUCUGCGCUCACGGGGCCCUGGGGUCCGUGACCGCAGGUCGUUGGCCAUCAGCGCCCCGAUUUUGCAGCAGGAACCACAGGCUCUGCAGACGCUGCCUUGCAGAGAUAUCACCAAUGGUGACACAAGUCCAUCAGAGCUGUCGGCCACGCCCACCUGCCGAGGUCCCGCCUCCCAGUCAGGCAGUGACGGCAGCAGCCAAUCAGGUGGCAGUGAUGUUAGCACACCCAGCGUGACGGACCAUUGGUCGCGGAACCACAAGCGUGGCGGCAUGUACCUGGAGGACGUGGACGUCUUCACGGGUGCCCACGCAAAGAAGGUGGCCGAGCAGAACCGCAGGAAUGAGUUCCGCUCUUACGAGGACCUGGUGGUGCACAUCCCAAAGGAUCACAAGCCAGGAACCUUCCCCAAAGCACUGUCCAUCGAGAGCCUGUCCCCCACCCAUGGAGCUUUAGUCAGCGGCGUUUCCACCAAGGAGCCGCGGCCCGUCACCCAGCGCUACCCUCGCGGCAGUCGCGUUAGCAUCUAUGACAACGUCCCUGGAUCACACCUAUACGCCAGCACUGGUGACCUCAUAGACCUGGAGAAGGAGGACUUGUUCCCACACCUGGAUGACAUCCUGCAACACGUUAGUGGUCUUCAGCAGCUGGUAGACCACUGGUCACAGAAUAUGCUCCCCGAGGGAGGUGGUGGGGGCCAGGCGCCACAUCCCACCUUCCCCAUCGUGUUGGACUUUGAGGGGAACUCGGUUCUGGUGGGCCAGAUGACUCCCAGCGACAGGGGGAAGGACGGGGUGUCCAUCAACGAGACAGAUUCCUCUGGGAUGCGGGAGAGGCGAGACUCUGGGGUCGGGGCUUCUCUCACCAGACCCAAUCGCUUGAGGUGGCCCAGUUUCCAGAUCUCCCAUCGCAUCAGCCGCACUGUGGCGUCGUUCCAGAUCACCAACCAAUCAGCUGCCCAGCUGAGCCUGCUGCAGAAGUUCUCUCUGCUACGCCUCACUGCCAUCAUGGAGAAGUAUUCCAUGUCCAACAAGCAUGCCUGGACCUGGUCAGUUCCAAAGUUCAUGAAGAGAAUGAAGGUGCCGGAUUACAAGGACAAGAAUGUCUUCGGCGUCCCCUUGAUCAUCCAUGUCCAGCGCUUUGGCCAGCCCCUGCCUGUGGGUCUGCAGCAGGCCCUGCAGUUCCUGAGGAGCCAGUGCUUGGACCAGGUGGGUCUCUUCCGCAAGUCAGGAGUCAAGUCCCGGAUCCAGGCCCUCCGGCAGAUGAACGAAAGCUCUCCCGAAGAUGUGAACUACGAAGACCAGUCGGCCUACGAUGUAGCAGAUAUGGUGAAGCAGUUCUUCAGAGACCUGCCUGAACCCCUGCUCACCAGCAAACUGGGCGAGACCUUCCUGCACAUCUACCAAUAUGUCCCCAAGGAGCAGAGACUGCAGGCCGUGCAGGCCGCCAUCAUGCUCAUGUCGGACGAGAACCGGGAGGUGCUCCAGACCCUCCUGUGCUUCCUGAGCGAUGUCACCUCCUCUGUAGAGGAGAACCAGAUGACGCCCAUGAACAUCGCCGUGUGUCUGGCGCCAUCCCUGUUCCACCUCAACAUCCUGAAGAAGGACAACCUGUCGCCCAGAGCCAUGCAGAAGAAGUAUGCCACGGGGAGGCCUGAUCAGAAGGACCUGAAGGAGAACCUGGCAGCGACCCAGGGGCUGGCCCAUAUGAUCACAGAGUGCAACCGGCUCUUUGAGAUUCCCCACGAGAUGGUCACACAGUCGCGCAACUCCUACGUGGAGGCCGAGCUGCAGGUGCCCACGCUGGAGGAGCUGUGCAGGCAGUCGGAGCAGGAUGACUGCUCCUACCGGACCCACAUGGACGGCCUGAUUCAGAACCUGCUCAAGGAGGCCCGCGACAAGUCGAAGGGCUGGGUGUCGUGCUCUAGUGCCAACAACACAGAACUGUCUUACAAGAAGGUUGGCGAUGGAAACCCCCUGAGGAGAUGGCGGGUGUCAGUGGAGGUGGAGGCCCCACCCUCAGUGGUGCUGAACCGCGUGCUCCGAGAGCGCCACCUAUGGGAUGUGGACCUGCUGCAGUGGAAGGUGUGCGAGACGCUGGACAGGCAGACUGAGGUGUAUCAGUACGCCCUGAGCCGUAUGCCCCCACAUCCCAGCCGGGACUUUGUGGUGCUGAGGUCAUGGAGGGUAGACCUUCCUAAAGGCACAUGUGCGCUGGUGUCCGUCUCGGUGGAUCAUGAGGACUCCGCACCCAUGGGGGGAGUCCGGGGCGUGGUGCUGGAGUCGCAGUACCUGCUCGAACCAUGCGGCUCUGGGAAAUCCCGUCUGACUCACAUAUGUAGGAUUGAUCUCAAGGGAAGAACGCCUGAUUGGUAUAACAAGGCCUUCGGUCACCUGUGUGCGGCCGAAGUCGCCCGAAUCCGCAACUCCUUCCAGCCACUCGCCACCGAGGGCCCAGAGACCAAGAUCUGAAUGUGAAGCCGCGAUUCUCCUGGCAGGCCCAGCGUGUGGGUUAACCCCCAACCCCGUCCUGUAACAACACAAUUAGCAGCCUCAUUUUGACAUUAAAAACUUGUGUGUAAUUUUUUUUAACCUAUGUAUUCAGGAUAUACCAUAUUUAAACAUUCUCUUUUGGCGUAAAAGUCUAAAUAUUUAUAUAACAGAUAAUUAACUACUAAUUGAACUAGGUUAUUUCUGAGAAAUGGGGUUGGAAUGGAAACAAAGUGGGAUCACGAGUUACCGGCAACUUAACAUGACAGCCCUGGUGUGGAGGGGCAGGGCUAGGGCUACGGUACG